AUGGAUCAUACAAAAUUAGAUCUUAACGAUAGAGGGAAAGCACAACCACGCCGUGCUGGAUUGACCAAGAAUUAUCCUCAUAACCUCUUACAAUCACUCAAUCGACCGAAGAAGGAAGAACAACCCGCAAUGGCGACAAAAGCCGCAACGACGACCCGUCCCAAUGAUGUUACUAAUGUUCGAAAUUCUGGCGACGUUGGCGGCGCUCAAAACGCAGCAUCAUGCAAGCGAAGAAACAAGGGGUCAAAUAAGGAGAAUGAACCAAGUUCAUCGAAGUCCUCUAUCAUGAAGUCAAUUGAAGUUGUGAAUGAGGAUGUUGAUCGGCCUCCAGAUGAUUCCGAUGAUGAUGGAAAAUACAUCAUCGACUCUUCUGAAGACGAAUCGCCCUCAAGAAUCAGCGCAGAUAUGACGAAGACAGUUUUUGGAUCAAAAAAUCAAAAGUCGAGUCAAACCCCUGUAACGUCUUCUUUGCCCAUUCUAAAGGACUCAAGACAGCAGUCAUCUGAAUUAAAGUCAACUCAUAGCAGCAAAAGAAAGAAUGAGAACGACUUGGAACAUGAUCCAGUUGUGAAUAUUUUCGGAAACAUGCAGAGCAGUAAUAAGAAGCUGAAAUCAUACACCAAGGAGCAUCCGGAUCAGACCAGAAGUUCAAGACCUGGUGCCAAUAAACUGUCGUUGUUCAAGGAUACCAAACCAAAGAACAAACCAAAUAAGCCCUCCAUGUAUGGGAAGAAGAAAAAUCCAGCGCCCGAAAACUGUUUCAGGAACUACAAAAGUAGAUCUUCAAGUAUGGUCAGCGACAAUGGAAAGCCAAAGCUUCAAGACUAUACAGUCGAUAGUCCAACGAAAACCAAAAGUCCAGUCAGAGGCUUUGUCCGCCCGGAUUUCAGUGAUGACGAUUUUUCAGAUUUAGAUUUGUUUGGUAAAUUGAAGAAAUCGAAAUCCGCAACCCCAUCAACGCAACCCAGACCAUUUCAAAGAUACGACGAUGAUGAUAUAUUGGAUGGAGCGGAGGAACUGGCUAAGAAGCUAAAUCCGCAUGCCAUUAUCGGCAUGGAAAAUCUUGAGAGGGAAGAUAGUCCGGAUAUCGACGAUUACACUGGAUCUCGUUGUCCAAUGUGUAACGAACCUGUAGCUGCUGAAGAUUUGAAGGCGCUUGGAAAGAUGAAUACUAGGAAGCAGGAGAAAUUUUGUUUAUCUCAUCAACGAAAAAGUGCUAGAUCAAAUUGGAAGUCUAAAGGAUACCCUGACAUCGACUGGGAAACUCUGGAUUCUAGAAUUUCCAAUCAUCAUGCAUUCAUUAAGGAGAUAAUUGAAGGCGCAACAUGUCACUAUCGAGAAGUGUUUGAUGAAAAGGUUAAAGCUGGAAAAGACCGAAAUUUGAUGAAGAGUUCUACGAAUCUUAUACCUGGCUAUUAUGGUUCUCGAGGUCUACGUCUAAUUUCCGAAAAUAUCAUGCACGAGUUUACGCCAUUGUUAAAGUACAGAGCACCACUCGAUCGUCUUAUCGCAGCAAGAAGCACAGCUGCAUUUGUUGACUCGGUUAUCGUUCCUGAAGUUACAGUCUUGUUGAUUAAAGAAGACAUGAAUGUCUCCGACGAGGAGGCCAGGACAAUAUUGACAGAUAGCUCUGAGAUGGGAGAUUUGGUUAAUGAGGAAAUCAAGGAUGUUGUAACACUAAAGCCGGAGGACAAGACGUCCGUUAGCAACAGUGAUGAUGAUGAUAACGAGUUUAACUUUUAG